AUGUCUCGUUAUGCAAGAUCCAAUAGUUCAAGACCCUUUUAUCGUGUCAAAGUGAUUAAUGGUGUGUGUCCUGAUGAGAUUACAGAUAAUUCAAUUCAUUAUUUACUAAAUGUUUUAAAUUGUACACCUCAAGAUAAAUUUAAAAUCACUAAUAAUGGUGAAAUUUCAACAGUAAAAACGUCUGAUUUAACAAAUAUAGAAAAUAAACAACAAAAAGAAACAAAUGAAAAUCUUGAACCAAAAUCAAAAAAUGGUUUUAAUGCUGUUCAAUUAUCUAUUGAAUUACAAAAGAAAAUGCUCAAUUUGAAAGCAUCGUUUAUCGAUGCCAGUGGUCGAAAUGUAAAUUAUAUUCGUUUACGUAAAAGUUCAACUUAUGUUGAUUAUUAUGAUAUUGAACAUGGAAUAUUAAGAGGUAAUAAACCACAUUCAAAUUGUACUCAACGCCAUUUUACCUAUAAUGAUCCAAGAGCCAAGUAUUCCAUGAGAAAGUGUGAUCCAAGGAUACAUUUUGCAUUAAAUUGUGGAGCGAAGUCUUGUCCACAAAUUGCAAUUUAUUCCUCAACAAAUCUUGAAAAAGCUUUAAACAUGGCCACAACAAGUUUUUGUAAUGGUGAAGUGGAUAUUGUAUUAGAUAAUCAAGAAAUCAGAAUGUCAAAAUUAUUUCUAUGGUAUCGUAGUGAUUUUGGACGAUCAGAAACAGAAGUUCUAAGAUGGAUAGCGAAGUAUAUCGAUGAACCAAAGCAAUCGUUGUUAAAAACUCUCUUAGAUAAACAAGGUGCAAGAGAAGGACUUCGAAUAUCCUAUAAGACAUACGACUGGAUGUUAAAUAAUCAUGAUGGAGAAGCACCGGUGGAUUUAACAGUAGACAAAUCGUUAAUGGAUUAA